CCCGUGUUGUUCGCCUGGAACGACUACUCUCUGCCGGCAGUCAGACCAAGUGUCUGGGAGAGAACACAACGACCAGAGGAUGAAUCAACUAAAGAGGAAGAGAUGGAUGUUGAACUGUUGCUUCAGUGCCAUGAUUACGAUGCAAAACCAGAACCAUCAGCUUUGGAUAUAGCAUGUGAAAAAAUAGAGGUCCAGCAGCAGGUGAUAGAGGAGCUGCAAAAGAGGCUGGCUGAGGUUACACUGAAGCAGUCAUUUGGCUUGGAGAGAUUUUUAGCAUCGGAUGACGACAUCAGAUUCUAUACCAGAUUUGCCAGCUACCGCCAUCUACAGGCAUUUUGGAGACAGAUUGAACCUGCAACGAGGAGAAUCGUGCGUGUUGGUACACAGUCAUCCACUUCCAGCACAACAGCAGCUCCUGACAAUGCCACUGAUCCACCUCGUCGACCGCGCCGAUGCCUUCCAAUGGUUGAUGAACUGUUCCUGUUCUUGGUGUACCUGUCGCUGGGUCUGAAGGAGAAAGAUCUGGGUGAUCGUUUCAGCAUUCAUCAGUGCACUGUCAGCAGGAUAAUCAAAACCUGGGUACAUUUUUUGUACACCUUAUUGGGUGCUGUUGGAAUAUGGAUGUCUCCUGAGACAAUUAGAGCCAUGGUGCCGAGUGUAUUCAGCAAAUACUCUGACACACAAGUCCUUAUUGACUGUACAGAGAUGAGAUGUUAGAUGCCUUCAUCUUUACUCUUACCGAGU